CACCCACGUAGCUCUGUGGACUCUGCCGAGGAGUGUAACAGUAUCUUGAGGAGGUCUACAUACUGGAUGUAACAGGAGAGGGACGCUGGAGCAGAACUUCUAUACUGGGAUAUGUCUGUUUCUCAGCAGCCAGCAGAGGGAGACUGGCCAGCUGGUGUCAGAAGGUCAGAGCUUUUUCUCACACAGCUUCUCUGCACAUUAGAGAGGGAACUCAUGCACAGGAAGCUUCUGAGCGCAUGGGGAGAGAGAGAGAGAGAGAGAGAGAGAGAGAGUAAAAAACAGACAACGCCUGCUGUCGGUUAAAGCAGAAUACAUGUACGUAGGAAAUGCUCAUGAACACAUGCAGCUAAAAAGCUCCUUUCUUAACUAGGUGGAUUGUUUCUGAGGGACAGUUGUCUAUCGGUGAACUGACAGGGCAGGAUGUCACGUCGAGACCAGAGGUUUCGGAGAGGAAUGAAAGGACGGUGUUGUGAAUGUGGCUGCAUCCUGUCUCACUGGUACUAUGAAAGAGAGGGACAGCUCUACUGUAAGAAGCACUACUGGGGCCGUUAUGGAGAGCACUGCCACGGCUGCAAAGAGACCAUCGCAACAGGACUCAUUAUGGUUGCUGGAGAGCAGAAGUACCACCCUGAAUGCUUCACGUGUAUGAGCUGUGAAAUGUUCAUUGGAUAUGGAGACACCUACACGCUCGUCGAACGCACAAAACUCUACUGUGGCCACUGUUUCCGUCCGGGUGUAGUGUCAGCUGCAAGGUCAGCUUCUCCACUCACCAAAAGUCCCCACAUGGUGGCGCUCGUGUCUCUCCCUCCCCACGCACACGGCCGACAAGGCCUGACUGUCGCCACUGACCUCAGCCAAGAGAAAGACCCUCUUGUCAUGGUGGCAGGGUUAGACUCAGCUGCCCUCAGCUCUGACCUGCUGUCCUCUGUCCACACUGGUGACCGUGUACUGGAGGUCAACGGCAUCCCUGUCUACAACAUUUCCCCAGACGAGAUAAACUGUGUGAUCCAGGACACAAGCAGACCACUGCAGCUGACCAUUGAACACAACCCGCAGACUCCUGAUGACCUCCUUCGCUCAAACAAUCCCCAGGACGACAUCAGCUGUCCUGUACCCUGUGUACGCGACAAACUUUCUUCAACCCACAAACUCCCAAGUCUCGAGGAAGAGCCAAGUCCAGGGGACGAGACGGAUGCACCAAUCAGGAUGAGCAUCUCACCGCCUCAGCACCAAGGAACCAUGGGAAUGCGAUCCAGACACAUUCUGCGCAGCUGUAGUAUAGACAAGUGCCCUCCGUCCUCUGGAGCACUGUCGCUUUUAUCUCAGAGGAGAGACAUGGUUCGCUCAGAGUCUCUUCGUGUGGACGCUGCAGAUCGGACCCAUCGCAUUUUCAGACCUUCAGACCUCAUCCAUGGAGAAGUGCUUGGCAGGGGCUUCUUUGGACAGGCUGUCAAGGUAACGCAUCGGGAGACAGGGGAGGUGAUGGUGAUGAAAGAGUUGAUACGUUCUGAUGAAGAGACACAUAAGACUUUCUUAAAGGAGGUGAAGGUGAUGCGCUGUCUGGAGCAUCCCAAUGUCCUAAAGUUCAUUGGACUGUUUUAUAAAGACAAACGAAUAAACUUUGUCUCUGAAUACAUCCAGGGAGGAACUCUCCGAGAGACCAUCAUAAAAAUGGACAAGGAUUUUCCCUGGAGUACAAGAGUGGGUUACGCCAAAGACAUUUCAGCCGGAAUGGCCUACCUACACUCCAUGAAUGUCAUCCACCGAGAUCUAAACUCAAACAACUGCCUGGUCAGAGAGAACCAGUCUGUGGUGGUGGCAGAUUUUGGACUAGCCAGGCUGGUGUUAAAGGAGAAGAAUCAGAGCACAACAUCCUCACUGGAACUGCCGGCAAAGGGGACACUGUCAGAUCUCCGUAGGCCUGACCGGAGGAAGCGCUACACCGUGGUAGGAAGCCCCUACUGGAUGGCCCCUGAGAUGAUCCAUGGGAAAACCUAUGAUGAACGGGUGGACAUCUUUUCAUUUGGUAUCAUGAUAUGUGAGAUAAUAGGUAGAGUGAAUGCUGACCCUGACUUCCUUCCCCGGUCACAUGACUUUGGGCUAAAUGUAGCCGGUUUCCUGCAGCAGUACCACCCUCCACAGUGUCCCCCGACCUUCAUGCCACUGGGUGUCCUCUGCUGUGACAUGGACGCUGAUAAACGUCCUUCCUUUUCAAAGCUGGAGGAGUGGCUGGAGAACCUGCUGAUGCACCUGGACAUCGGUCUGCCUCUGCUCUCUGAGUUAGAGCAGCUCCGCAGAGCCUUCUGGCAGAAUCCCAACCAUCAAAACCACUCUCACAACCAGGACGAGACCCUCGAUUCUCAUGAACAAACACACCGUUCACAGCCACAAAGACAGAGCCCCGACCCCAAGCCACAUUCAGACAAUGCAAAUAACCACACGGAGCCAAAUCACCUCACUCAGAGCCAAAACCAAAAUAGCCCACCUGACAGCCAUUCGGACGUAGAGCAACCCACGCAUGACCACCAUGACACGAGGACUGAGCACGACCACUCCUGUUUGAGUAGACAAUGUAAGGACCACACACAAGACAAGAGCCAGACGUGUUGCAGGUCGACGAGCGCAGACUCAGGCGAGACUGGGUCUGAAACCUAUGAACACAAAAACCCCUCUAGACAACCAAAAGCCCAGGACGAGUCCUCACCACCGCCGCUGGUCAUCAACUCACUGCUAUGCCGGUCUAACAGGUCCAGAAGGACACGCAGAGCGCUGCGCUCUACAGAGGACAGCUCUUUUCUCUGACUGCUUGAUCUGAUGGUCGACACAGGGCACAUCUACAAAGCACAGUUUAGAAAUUCAAACAACUGGGAGGGAAGUGAAAGAGUCGUAAAGCUGUAUGUAGAGGACUAAUGCAGAGGCAUAAAAAUCAGAUUCAUAUGGGAUAUUUUGCAUGAAAAGCAGAGUUCAAUAUUAAUUCAAUAACAGUAUAUUGGCUGGUAUGUAUUCAUUAACAUAAGCACAUAAUAGAAACAAACAUUUUUGAUAAGGAUUCCUCAGUGCUCUCUGGUGGACAGACUACGUAACGGCAACACUGUUUCUAAAUUAACUCAAAACAUAUCUUUGGCAUUCUGUGCUACAAUUCCUCUUUACUUAUCAGCCAACAUCUAUGAUGAUAUUAGUAUAUCUGGGGUAAGCUAAAAUCGGCCAGCCAAUUUAUCAAUUGGGCUCCAGUGUCAACUUUGUCCAGAAGCUGUGAAACACAUGGCACUUUAUACUUUAAGAUACACUGCAUGGUUAUUUUCUGUUGAAAUGUUUAAGACCACAUCUACCAUACUGAGCUGUGAACAUAUACAAAUACAACUGUAACUUAAUAAAGAGAAAUAUAAAUGAAUUUGACUAAAUUUAAAUCACUAUUCAGCAGUAAAUCAUCUUGGUAAACAUGUAUUAUCAGCUAAA